AUGUACGCUUCAAGAGUGAUCACCGGACACAACAACUCGUCUUCCUGGAGUCUUUCCAGGACCGCUGAGUGUGCUUUCCCCAUACCCCUAUUCCGUGUAAAAUCUUCAUUCCGUGUAAAAUCUUCAUUCCGUGUAAAAUCUUCACUCGAAGUGGUAGCUCUCAUUCUGAGGCUUCCACACAGAGCACGGUCUCCGGGCUUCAGCUACACCAUCCACUACACCCUGAGCUCGUCAAGGCGCAACUGGAUAGACUACGCGCAGAAGAACGAUGCGAAGGACCGUAAGACCAUGCUUUCAACUCUUUCGACUACACGUUUGGACUUCUAGUUCGCCAAAGGCGGUUGUUCGUUAUAGCUUUUAAAGUUCUUGUUGACCGCCUAGUCGAUUACAUCGGACUAAAACAACAAAAUAAAUGAUUUGAUUUGAUAUAAAAGUGAAUACGAAAAAAAAUUUUUUUUUCAUUUUGUCCUCUCUUUUCGUGUCAUAAUCUUCACUAAAAAAAUUAACAAUAUUUUAUUUUUGAAAUUUUUAGCAUUUGAUCAAAAAUUUCACGGAUUAAAAAAAUUUUUUUAGAAUUUUUUUAAACAGUUUACUUGUUGAAAAUAAAACUUCAAAAAAAUGAGAAAAAAACAAAAAAAUUUAUUUUUUUCUACAUGGUUUUUUUGAGAAAAAAAUAGAAAGGAUUUUUUUCUUUUUUUCACGCUUUAUUUAGUUAUCAAUAAAAUAGAAAAGUUCAAAAAAUCAUAAAAAACCUCAUUUUUUCAUUUUCUUCUUGCCAUGGUCUUCACUAAAAAAUUCAGAAAAUCUAUUUUUUUAUUCUCUUCCUGAAACUUGUAUCUGCGUUUUCCAUCUUUUAUUUUUCUAAUAAAUUUUGCUUAUACCUUUAAAAAAAGGUCUUUGAACAACAUUUUUUGUUGGAGUCGAUUAUAUGACAAAUGACGCAAUUUUCCGUAUUUUCAGGCCUUUCGAGGGCUCCGGAAGGCCCUGACCAUGUGGUUCGACAUCAACCGAUUCCACUUGCUCGUCCUUUUCACCUGGCAAUUUUCCAUUUUUUUCGCCUCCCAACAAAUUUUCCCCAUCUUCUCCAAUUAUGUACCUCAGUGGCAGUGUGGUGAGUUUUUUUUUCAGGUUAUUAGGUUUCUUCCUUGUUGUGGUGAGAAAUGAGGAAGUCUGGGGGAGAAAAGAGAAGAGAAGAAGAAGAAGAGAUUGUUUUUUUCGUUUGUAAAACAUCAAUUUCAACAGCUGUUUGUAUGGCGGUCGUGUUCGGAAGCUUCUCCACAACUUUUCGAGAAAUGUUUCUUUUGAGAGCAAGAGAAAUGAGCCCGGGAUCAUGAGGCUCAUGGAAAUCGGACUCGUAGAUUCAAAAUCGAUUAGAAAAAAAAAAGUUUCAGCUUGUUUCAUUUAAUUCUUCUCAAAGUUUGCCAGAGAGAUCGUAGAAAUUCAAAAAAAUAAUACCAUUUGAAAUGCCACAGUAACCUGAGGACUAGCAUCUUUCUUUCGUGGCGAGACCUCGUUUUGAUUUAGGGAUUUUUUUAUAAAAAUAGAUUUUUUUAAAACAAAAAGAAAUGAUUUUUUUAUAAAAAGGAGAAAAAAAUGACAAGGAAACAGAAAAAGAUAGAAAGUGUGAAAAGCUUUGAAAAAAAUUUCUAGUAAGAAAAAUAGGAGAAAUCGUGAUUUUUUUCUACUAUUUUUCCUAAUAAAGGACCUACUUUCUGAUGAAAAAAAGAUUUAUAAGCUGUUAAAAAGCAAUCAAAAAGAUCCUUUGAAACGAAAUUUUCGCAAAAAAAUGAUUAAGAAAAAACUUUGAACAAGCUGAAUACUGUGCCACAUUUUUUUUUUUGAAAGUGACGAAAAUAAUCAUUUUUCAGUUUGAAAAGCCUUCAAAGCGAUCGAAUAAAUGAUUAAAUUUCAAUAAUCAUUUUAAAUUUUUCUGUCAAAAAAUAAAUUCCAGAAGACGAGCCACCAUCGAAAAACUGCGCAGUCUACGAAAAAUGCCAAGGAAAUGUAACUUUUGUCAAUCCCGCCUUCCAAUCGGCGGCCAUGGAGUUUGUUUUUUCUUUUAAAAAAAAAGCUUAAUCAAAAUAUUCCAGGUACAAAUGGAUCUGUGGGAAUUCGGCCUACUUUGCUUCAUUAUUUUCACAAAUACAGUUUGCCGGCGUUUUAUGUGGUGAGUGUAAAAAUGAUGGCUGUUUUUGUUGGAUCAAAUGUGCUCCACCGAACUUUCGGUAAGAUCUAAAAAUUAGCUCGCAUAAAAAUUUAAUUCCGAGAAAAUAUUAUUCAACAUAAACCAUGGAAAUUUUGCUAGGAGGCUAAUUUCUCGCUUCAAAUGCGCUCCAUCUAAUUUUAAGCGUGAUCAGAAAAUUGAUUAAUCAUAAAGAUCAGAAAAUCGAGAGCAAAAAAAUCUUUCACUCAUUUUUCUUCAAAUCAAAACGCUAUUGAAUUUUAAGCCAAAAAGCUAUUUUCUACUUCAAAUGCGCUCCAUCGAACUUUCCGUAAGAUCAGAGAACCGAAAGCUGUCCAAGCUUUUUCUUUUCAAAAUGGUCUCUAUCCAACUGAAAAAACAAGAAAUUUCUUGCCAGAAAGCUAUUUUCCGACUUCAAACGCGCUCUACAGCGAAUUUUUCAAAUAUUGAGGAUUUUUACUAAAUAACAUUACGGCUACUUUCUCUGUGGAAAAGGGGAUUUUAAUGAAGGGUGCUGAUACUUCUUAUUACAACAGCUGUAUGUAAACUCCCUUAGAAUAAAAUCACGGCCAAUUUAUCAUAGGGAAAUUCGCUCCAGCGAGCAUUUUUCAUAAUCAAGAUAAUUUCUGACAAAAUUUUGACUACUCUCUAUGUUGAAAAUGCAAUUUUGAUGAAGAAUCCUAUGAAGGGCUUUUUUCUCACCUCAAGUUUGCUCUAUUAAAAUUCAAUAAAUGAAAGCAAACGGCCAUUUUAUCACAAGAAAAUUCGCUCCAGUGAACAUUAUUCUUCCAGGAACCUUCUCAUUUGGCGCUCUUUCCGACAUUCUUGGCCGGAAGCCAAUUGCAGUUUUCGCUCUGUCACUAGGAAUAUUCAUGAACUUUGUGACAGGUAAAUUUUGAAAAUUAUUCUCUCCGGUCAAAAUUUUUUCAGGCCUGGCACCUAGUUAUCAAGUUCUGAUGGCUAUUCGGUAAGUAACUCUGAAAUUUUCAAAUCUGGUAGCUUUUUUUUGGUUGAUACAGCAAAGUGUUGAAGUGUGCGCGGAGCGGUCGCGUUGCGUUUUUUGGCGCCAAUUCAAAAAUUAUCCCGUCAGUGGUACUAUUUUGUAGACAUUCCUUUUCUUUCUUCAGAAUACCUUCUUCCGAUCGUGUCUCUGUUAAAUAAAAACUUCUAAACAGGAAACUGCGGGAAAUUUAAUUUUUCGAAUUUAAAAACGCGUUGCGGCCGCUUCGCACACACUAUAGUCCGUUUCCCGCGACUUGAAACUGCUGUUUUUCUCAGGACCCUCUCAUGUCGAUGUGCUAUUUUCAUGUUUCUCUGGCCUCGCCGAUGAGGGAACAGAGAGACGCAGAAAUGUCUUGUCGCGGCCAAACGGACUAUACAGCCCAUUCUGGCUCGGUUUAACUUUCGCGGCGAAGGUAGAUCGUAAAGACUCCUCAUGCGCCUUUAAUAAGAUCCUAACUAUGGGCCUUUAAUAAUAGUCUACAAAUGCGCCUUUAAUAAGAUUCUGCCCAUGCGCUUUUAAUAAGAGCCUCGUUUUUUGAUUCAUUUCCGUUUCUAUUGAAUAUAGUUUUUAUUCAAAUUCAAAUCGACGGAUUUCAAAAAAAGGGCCAUCAAAUGAGGUCUUAUUAAAGGCCCAUGGAGAGCCGCCGCGAUUUAUCUCCGCCGUCCCAAGCUCUGUACCGCUCAAUGCUAUUUCAAGUCAAGAACAGAAAAGAUUAUUGAAAAAUUCAGAUUUUUCGUGGGUUUGUCCGUUGGAGGGACCCUAGUCGUGGUGUGCACCUUCGUCAUGGAAAUGCUGCUCCCGCAACAAAGAAUGGCCCUCCGUGCGUUUUUCAAUUGGGUAAAGUCCGAAAAGAAUCCGUAAGAGGUCACUAAAUCGUGAUUUUUCAAGGGAGUCGCCCGACUUCUGAUGACUUUGAUCUGUAUGGCGUUCCCCGAGUGGAGAAUGUCUUCGAUCGCUUGCGCAGUCGCUGCGUUGCCUGCGCUCAUUAUCAUCAUUUUUGCGUUCCCCGAGUCUCCAACUUGGCUUCAUAAUAAGGUUUCAAAGAAAAUCCAUAAAUUUCAUUUAUAAAUAAAAACUUGAAACGGUGAAGUUACUUAAUUUCUGUUCUUUUCAAAAAACAAAAUUUUUGAAUUUCGAAAUUUAAUACUUUUUAUGAUUUGAUGAUUGAUAAUAGAGGCUUAUUUUAAAAUUUUGAUGGGGAGUAAAACAAAAUUUACACAGCUUUAUCGUUUCACCGGCGUUUAAUGAGUUUUUUUACGCAGAAAUUCGUUGAAAUAUUUAUUUUCUAGCCAAAAAAAGCCUUUUGCCUUCGAUAAAAAAAUCUUGAAAAAUUCUUUCUUUUUGUAAAUUUAAACUCACAAAAAAAUAAAUUUUUCUCACAUUCAUUUUUUUCAAUUUAAUUUCUGUGUAUGAAAAAAAGACUAAUUUUUAAUUAUUUUUCUAAAAAAACAAGUACAUCUUCAUUUGAUUUUUUUCCUGAUCCAGAACUACUUUUUGGUAAGGUUCAUAUCAACAUUAGAAAAAAAUAAAGUGAUUUAUGUCGAUUAAAAAAAUUGAAGGGUCGAUUGGAGGAAAUGCGCGCCAGCGAAAGACACAUCGCCAAGGUGGCAGGAAUCCCCUACGUUCCAGUGGAGCACAAGAAAAAUAGAGCAUUCAAAGGUGAGCUUUUUUUGAAAAAUAUAUUAGGAUUCGGUUUUUUUUCGAAAAAAUAUCUACAACUUCAUCAAGAAAGGUCGGAAAAAAAUGGCAAAAAAAUUUGCAUUAGAGGGGUUUGAACUUUAGACGUCGGAUUCGUAGACUAAAAUGUUAACCAUUAUACCAUGCUAGUUUGUAUAGGGUAUUAAAAAAAAAUCAUUAUGGAAAAAAUAAAUUUGAUCUUUUUGACAGUUUUUUUUAAAGAAAAUUGAGCAUUUAAAGGUCCAUUGAUCCUAUAAUUUCAUCUAAAACCUCGAAAAAAUGGCAAAAAUAAAAUAUUAUGAGAGGGGUUUGAACUUUCGUCACCGUUUGCCAAAACUGAAGUGAUAACCAUGCUCAACAUGAAAAACGUCAAAAGUACGAAACUUGAAUCAAAGUUGAAACUAAAGUCACCUUGAAACGGCAAUUCUCAUUAAAUCCCAAUUUUGAGCUAUGUUCAGAAUUUUAAGUAGGAGGACGUCAUUCGAAAACGCUCUGUGGAUGUUCUCCGAUUGGUUUAUUGGGCUGGCGGAGCUUGAGCGAGGACUUGACAUUCGAAAUCUGAACAAACUAUGUUGCCUGUUCAGAUUUUAAAUAUGAAGUCCUCGCUCAAGCUCCGCCCCCUGAUGGCGCGAUAAACCAAUCAGAGAGCGAGCCAUCCCCAGAGCGUUUUCGAAUGACGUCGUUGUACUUGACAGAACGGACUAUAUUUCAUGAAGAAUUUCAAUUUCGAAAAAAAUCAUUUCAAAUUCGAUUUUCAGACAAUCUGUGA